CCGGCCCGGCCAGGAUUCAGGAAGCGUCGCGCUCCGGGCCGCCGGCGUCCAGCGGUCCCGCGGCUGAGCAGCGCAGCGGAUCUGAGGCCAGCAUGUCAGACGAAGGCCUGCGUGGGGGCCCCGGGGAGGUGGCCGAGGCCCCGGGGGACGAGAGCGGAGCCCCUGGAGGGGAGCCCUUCCCCCUGUCCUCGCUGGCCAACCUGUUUGAGGGUGACGAGGGCUCCCCCUCCCCGUCCCCGGCCGACACUGCCGCCCGCCCUGCCGGGCCCGGGGAUGCCCGGACCAAUCUGCGGAUGAAGUUCCAGGGCGCCUUCCGCAAGGGGGUGCCCAACCCCAUUGACCUGCUGGAGUCCACCCUGUACGAGGCCUCGGUGCCCGGGCCCAAGAAGGCGCCCAUGGACUCGCUCUUCGACUACGGCACCUACCGCCACCACCCCAGCGACAACAAGCGCUGGAGGAGGAAGGUUCUGGAGAAGCAGCCCCAGAGCCCCAAAGCUCCAGCCCCGCAGCCGCCCCCCAUCCUCAAGGUCUUCAACCGGCCCAUCCUCUUUGACAUCGUGUCCCGGGGCUCCAUCGCUGACCUGGACGGGCUGCUCCCCUUCUUGCUGACCCACAAGAAGCGCCUGACGGACGAGGAGUUCCGGGAACCAUCCACGGGGAAGACCUGCCUGCCCAAGGCCCUGCUGAACUUGAGCAACGGCCACAAUGACACCAUCCCUGUGCUGCUGGACAUCGCUGAGCGCACUGGCAACAUGCGAGAGUUCAUCAACUCACCCUUCCGAGAUAUCUACUACCGAGGCCAGACGGCCCUGCACAUCGCCAUCGAGCGCCGGUGCAAGCACUACGUGGAGCUGCUCGUGGCUCAGGGAGCGGACGUGCACGCGCAGGCCCGCGGACGCUUCUUCCAGCCCAAGGACGAGGGCGGCUACUUCUACUUUGGGGAGCUGCCCCUGUCGCUGGCCGCCUGCACCAACCAGCCGCACAUCGUCAACUACCUGACGGAGAACCCGCACAAGAAGGCCGACAUGCGGCGGCAGGACUCCCGCGGCAACACCGUGCUGCACGCGCUGGUGGCCAUCGCCGACAACACGCGCGAGAACACCAAGUUCGUCACCAAGAUGUACGACCUGCUGCUGCUCAAGUGCGCGCGCCUCUUCCCCGACAGCAACCUGGAGGCCGUCCUCAACAACGACGGCCUGUCGCCCCUCAUGAUGGCCGCCAAGACCGGCAAGAUCGGGAUCUUCCAACACAUCAUACGGCGGGAGGUGACGGACGAGGACACACGGCACCUGUCUCGCAAGUUCAAGGACUGGGCAUACGGGCCUGUGUACUCCUCACUCUACGACCUCUCCUCCCUGGACACGUGCGGGGAGGAGGCCUCUGUGCUGGAGAUCCUGGUGUACAACAGCAAGAUCGAGAACCGCCACGAGAUGCUGGCCGUGGAGCCCAUCAAUGAACUGUUGCGGGACAAGUGGCGCAAGUUCGGGGCGGUCUCCUUCUACAUCAAUGUGGUCUCCUACCUGUGCGCCAUGGUCAUCUUUACCCUCACUGCCUACUACCAGCCGCUAGAGGGCACUCCUCCCUAUCCUUACCACACCACGGCAGACUACCUGCGGAUGGCGGGUGAGAUCCUCACGCUCUUCACCGGAGUCCUCUUCUUCUUCACCAAUAUCAAAGACUUGUUCAUGAAGAAAUGCCCUGGUGUCAAUUCUCUCUUCAUCGAUGGCUCCUUCCAGCUGCUCUACUUCAUCUACUCCGUGCUGGUGAUAGUCUCGGCGGCUCUCUACCUGGCAGGGAUUGAGGCCUACCUGGCCGUGAUGGUCUUUGCGCUGGUCCUGGGCUGGAUGAAUGCCCUUUACUUCACCCGCGGGCUGAAGCUGACGGGGACCUAUAGCAUCAUGAUCCAGAAGAUCCUCUUCAAGGACCUGUUCCGCUUUCUGCUUGUCUACUUGCUCUUCAUGAUUGGCUAUGCCUCAGCCCUGGUCUCCCUGCUGAACCCGUGUGCCAACAUGAAGGUGUGCAACGAGGACCAGACCAACUGCACAGUGCCCACGUACCCAUCAUGCCGCGACAGCGAGACCUUCAGCGCCUUCCUCCUGGACCUCUUCAAGCUGACCAUCGGCAUGGGCGACCUGGAGAUGCUGAGCAGCACCAAGUACCCCGUGGUCUUCAUCAUCCUGCUCAUCACCUACAUCAUCCUCACCUUCGUGCUUCUGCUCAACAUGCUCAUCGCCCUCAUGGGGGAGACGGUGGGCCAGGUGUCCAAGGAGAGCAAGCACAUCUGGAAGCUACAGUGGGCCACCACCAUCCUGGACAUCGAGCGCUCCUUCCCGGUGUUCCUGCGGAAGGCCUUCCGCUCCGGGGAGAUGGUGACCGUGGGCAAGAGCUCGGACGGCACCCCGGAUCGCAGGUGGUGCUUCAGGGUGGAUGAGGUGAACUGGUCUCACUGGAACCAGAACUUGGGCAUCAUCAAUGAGGACCCGGGCAAGAGCGAGACCUACCAGUACUACGGCCUCUCGCACACCGUGGGGCGCCUGCGGAGGGAUCGUUGGUCCUCGGUGGUGCCCCGCGUGGUGGAGCUGAACAAGAACUCGAGCCCGGAUGAGGUCGUGGUACCUCUCGACAACAUGGGGAACCCCAACUGUGAUGGCCACCAGCAGAGUUACCCCCCAAGAUGGAGGACCGAGGACGCCCCGCUGUAGAGGGUGUAGCAGCCCGAUCUGCUCCGUGCACCUGCUCAUUUUGGUCCCCUGCAUUUCCGUGGCCCCUCCUGGGUGGCCCCUGAACCCCCCUGAAAUCCCCCCAGAGGUGAGGGCUGAUGGAGGUGCUGGGGUGGCCCCAGGACCCUCUGGUCCCCAGCUCUGCUUACCCCCGGGGAAGGGGCCCGGCUAGCUGUUUCACUCCCAUGGAGUCACAUAAGCCGCCGCGGGCCCCGCCCCGCCCCGCUCCGCAUCUCCGUUAUUUAUUGCUCUCAGGAAAGCUGUGCUGCUGCAACCCGCAGGGGCCUUGGCCCCUGGUGUUGGGUGCACCCAGCCGAGCCCCCCAUGCCAGCCUACACCUCGCCAGCAUGGAUGGGCAGGGCCAGGCGGGGGCUUUGCUGCAGCCCGGCCAUCGGGUGGCCCUGGCUUUCCGUGCGUCCUGCAGAGUGUCUGGCAUUGUCGGUGCUCAAUAAAUGCUCGUGUCUGA